GUGAAAUCUUAAAUUAGAACACACAUUCAUAAUUGGAACAGUCUGUCACUGGCAUCACCACUGAUCACAUCACAUGAGUGAAACUAUAGCCAAGUAAAAAUUGCUGUAGGCCCUGUAGCAGUUUGUAGGUUCAGUUUGAGACUUUAGGUAUUGUCAGGAGACAAUACCUGUUUAUUCUAGCCACUAGAUGGAGGCUAUGUGUCAGUCAAUGUGCAGUUAAUAAUCUCCAGCCAUGGUCAAAAAGAGCAGUGAACAAUAUCAGCCUAUGGGAAGAGAGAGAGGAAGUCUAUAGAGAGAGAGGAAGUCUAUAUAAAUAAAGUGAGACAAGAAAGUGUGGCAGUUUGAGUCAUUCAGAUCACUGAUUAUGCAAAUGCUGAGGACUUCAGUGGCCUUUCUUCUUCACAUGGCUGCCUCUCUGGCGGCCCCUGUGCCAUGUGAGGAGAAUGUGGCCCGUCUGGAAGCCGAGAUCCAGGGCCUGGUGUCUGUGCUCAACGACCAGCAUCGCUACAUCCAGGAGCUCCACAACAGCCAGGCACAGUAUCUGGAGCACAUACCCAACUCCCACCUGGGCCCUGAGAACCACUAUAGAGACUGCUCCGAGGUGUUUGCAGACGGUAACUUGGCCAGUGGCCUGUAUGUGAUCCGUCCAGACGCCUCUCCCACCGCACUGAGCGUCUACUGUGACAUGAACAACGGAGGAGGAUGGACUGUCUUCCAGAGAAGAAAAGAUGGCAAUGAGAACUUUGACAGAGCGUGGGUGGAGUACAAGCAUGGAUUUGGAGACCUCUACUCCCCUGAUGGAGAAUUUUGGCUGGGCAAUAAACCUCUACACGAUCUCACCUCACAAGGAAACUACGUCCUGCGGGUCGACAUGGAAGACUUUGUGGGAAAUCAGCGCUAUGCAGAGUACAAGAACUUCAGAGUGGAUGAUGAAAAGGACCAGUACCAAUUACAUGUGGGAGAGUACACUGGGAAUGCAGGGAAUGCCCUGGUUGAUGGCUCCCCCUUUGCUGGGCAGAAUUGGCCCAGUCCAGACUUGGGCUCAGGUGGGGUCAAAUUCAGCACAUAUGACCACAAUAAUGACGGUGAUGCUAAGUGUAUCAGACACAGCAAGUCAGGCUGGUGGUUCAGCAGGUGUGAUUCAGGCAACUUGAAUGGCCACUACUACAAAGGGCCGUACCAAGCGAUGGCGGAUGAUGGGGUGGUGUGGUACACAUGGCACGGUUGGUGGUACUCCAUCAAAUCCGUAGUCAUGAAGGUACGAGCCGCCGACCUCGAACAUCCGCCACAACAUGAUUCCAGAAAAGCUGCAGGCGAAAUCCCUUAUGACCAACAGGCUGAAGGCAAGUUUGGAAGCGACGCGUCUCCUUACUCGAGCUGAAAAGCUUCCUGCUUUUUUACACAUUUGACAUAAACUGAAUACAUUUUCACCCAAGCCU